AAAUAAAUAGUUGAACUGUGCAAUCGGAUCACCAAACCUAUGAUCCAAUGGCAGGGAACACGAUGCCCUCGUAGCUUUGAUAGUCUAUUCUGUCACUGCACACUCAUUUCCCUAGUUUACUCAGUAGUUCAAUCCAAGGCUUGAGUAGUUGAGCUUGCUUGUUUGUUUGUUUGUGGGCUCUGCACCAAAAAAUGGCGGAGAGAGCUGUGAGCAUUCUUGUCCAAUAUUUAGGAUUCGUGCUCAUAGAAGAGGGACGAUUGUUGCACGGUGUUGACAGAGAAGUUCGGUACAUAAAAGACGAAUUGGACUUCAUGAGAGCCUUCCUGGAGGACGCAGACACAAAAGCUGAGACUGACAAAGGAGUGAAAACUUGGGUGAAACAAGUGCGGGAGCUGGUUUACGAUGUGGAAGAUGUGCUAGACAAGUACGUGCUUCGCAUAGUUCAAGAGUACAAAUUUAAGCACUGGUCCAUUCGUUUUGUUUUUCGUAGUGCUCGGUUUCUCAAGGAAUUAAAAUCACGCCAUAAAUUAGGCAGUCAGAUAAAAGAGAUCAAAGAACGGGUACGUGAAAUCAAAGAGAGAAGAGAAAGAUACAACUUCAGUAGUUCAAUUACACCAGGUUCGAAUUUGUCCUUGGAGAACGACUUAAUCCAGGAUCCUCCAGUGGCUUCCCUGUUCAUUGAAGAAACUAACCUUGUGGGCAUUGAGCAGCGUAGGGAAGAACUGGUAGGUUGGCUAUUAGACGAAGAACCAGAUCGCAGGGUUCUUGCUGUGGUGGGUAUGGGUGGAUUAGGCAAGACCACCCUUGUUAAAAAGGUCUACGAUGACAGAAGAGUGAAUGAACACUUCGAUUGCCAAGCCUGGGUCACCGUUUCCAAGUCCUUUCGAGUUCAGGAGCUGUUGAAGGACAUGAUAAAGCAAUUCUGCGAGGCAAGGAAGGAACCAGUUCCAGCAGACCUAGAAGCAAUGGGAAGGGUGGAGCGAUUGAUUAUGGCAUAUUUACAGUCAAAGAGGUAUGUUAUCAUCUUUGAUGAUGUUUGGAGCACCGAUUUACGGUUCUUAGUAGAACAUGUAUUUCCUCUUAAUGACUACGGUAGUAGAAUCAUUCUUACCACUCGCUUAACCGAUGUAGCUUCUUCCUAUGCAAGACCACCCAAUCGUAUAUAUGAUCUCCAACCUUUAUCCCAACAAGACGCUUGGGAACUCUUCUGUAAGAAGGCAUUUGGGGGUGAUUGUCCUCAAGAAUUACAUGAACUAUCCCAUAAAAUCGUCGACAAAUGUCAAGGAACGCCGCUUGCAAUUGCGACAGUAGGAAGCCUUUUGGGGAGAAAAAGGGUCAAGUCUGCUUCUGAAUGGAAACAGUUCUAUGACAGCAUGGGCUACGAGCUGGACUCAAGUCCAGCUAUGAAAAGAUUGCUGUGGUUAAGCUACAAUGAUCUUCCACACCCUCAGAAAUAUUGUUUCUUGUAUAUAUCAUCUUUUCCAGAGGAUUACGCUAUUGAAUGUGGAAGACUUGUUAAGUUGUGGAUAGCUGAAGGAUUGAUUGAAGAGGUAAGAGGUAAAACACCUGAAGAGGUUGCACUAAACUACUUGAAUGAGCUCAUUCAAAGGAGCUUGGUUCAGGUAGCGCAUUUGAAUAUCUACGGGGAAGUAUCACGUUGUAGAGUCCAUGAUAUCCUCCGCGAGAUCAUUCUUUCCAAGUCCAAGGAUGAUAAUUUCUAUGAAGUCUAUCCAGAACCAAAGACAAGGUGGCAACCCAUAAAUGCACGGCGCUUAUCCAUCCUUGAAAACAGCGACCGUGUUUCGUUGAACACCAGGAAUCUAUCCCGUCUUCGGACCCUUCUGAUGUUUGGAAUAGAUGGAUUUCAAGAAAAAUCUGCAAAACAACUUCUAUCAAACUUCAAGUUAUUAAGGGUUCUGGAUUUACAAGGUGCUCCUUUGGAAAAUUUUCCUGAUGAGAUUGUGACUCUCUAUCAUUUAAGGUAUUUGAGCCUGAAACGAACAAAGAUCAGAAAGAUUCCAAAGUCCUUGGGCAAGCUAAAAUACCUAGAAACUCUGGAUCUUAGAAGGACAUUAGUGGUCAAGUUACCUGUUCGCAUUUCAAAGCUCCACCACUUACGACAUCUUUUGGCUUCUAAUAUUGAUAAUGACAUAGAUCAUCCGGCGGUGGACGUGCACAAUGGAAUUGGACGUUUGACAGCCCUACAGAAGCUAUCAUUCAUAGAGGCAACGGAAGGCUCUUCUAUAGCUGAAGAAUUGGGAAGCUUAACCCAGCUUAGGACUUUCGGCAUUAAAAUCCUGGGAGAGGAAGAUGGACAAAACAUAUGCUCCUCUAUUGAUAAGAUGAAUGACCUCCGUUCCUUGAAGUUAGACGUCAAGCAACCGAAGUUGGUUGAUUUCAAUCUUAUAUCAUCUCCUCCCAGGCUUCUUCGACGUCUAUGGUUGGAUGCCAAAUUAAAUAAUUUGCCAUACUGGUUAUCGUCUCUAGAAAACUUAGUUUACUUACGUCUGGGUUGGUCAUGGUUAAGAGAUGAUCCCAUUAAAGUUCUCCAAUCACUGCCUAAGCUAGAAGAGCUGUAUCUCAAUGGUGUAUACGAAGCAGAGCAACUACAUUUUGAAGCACAAGGGUUCGGGAGACUUCGGGCACUUGAAAUUGGCGUCUCGUAUAAUGUAAAAUCGGUAGUCAUGGACGAUGGAGCACUUCCGGUACUUGAAUCCCUAUACAUGUCGACUUGUGAGGCUUUGAAGCAACUGCCAUUAGGCAUCCAGCACCUCAGAAAGCUAAAAUAUUUCAGCUCCACAAACAUGCCCAAUGAGUUCGAUAUGGCAAUACUGCAGUUGGACAAUGAACAAGAACAAGAUGGCCUUAAUCCAUUGCAGCAUAUAAACAAAAUCAAUUUUGGUAUUCUUCUAGAUGAUGGACGUUGGCUUUAUUAUUCUAAGGAGGAAUAUAGACGUACUAUGGAGCGUCUUCAGAGGCAAAACGACUCCAAUAACAUCUCGACUCCAGAAGAUAUGUUCAAAUUAACUAAACAGACCAUACUCGCUGGACGCCGUCAAUUCGCCCGUUACUGGUAUGAACAAUGAAAACUGCAAGGCAAGAUAUAUAUUGCAUGGAAUUAAUAUAAUAAUAAUCAUGGUGGAUAAAUUGAACAUUUAAUGGCAAAAGCAAAGUGAAUUCAUCCUCCUUUUAUUUGGCAUAUCAUGACUUUGCCCCACUUGAAGAGGGCUCACGAGUUUUCUCUCCCGGUGUUCAGAGUCACCAUCUUCUUCAUCGGUAGAUGGUUUUUCGUUGUCUCUUUCUUUUCACUGUUAUUGAUGAUCUUAGCUUUUUGGGAUGUAUUCUGAGCAUUGCUGAAUGAAUCAAAAUUGUUUUUUAUGGAUUAAAAAAAAGAAAGGCAAGGUUGUCUUCUUGAAUAAUAAAUGCGAGUCCCCCUGAUUUAUGAUGUAUGUAAUUCACAACUGUUAGCUCUUUUGCGUUU